AAAUUAUAUGCAAUCUGUUUGGAAACUUACAGCUCGUUCAUGAGAACAUCCGUUUACUACGUUACGGUAAUGGUAUCAUUGAACUCGGACAUGUAAUCAUUUGUAAUAUGGAGGUCUGUGAUUUGUUAUCAAGAAGUUUUGGGGCUUAGCAGCUGGGAUAACGGAUCUGAACAUCGUUAUGGACAACGUUUCGGAGAUACUGGUGAAUAGUGUAAUCGCUAUAAAGCUCAUUAAUAGCGUGUUUACUAAUGACAAAAUGAAAGUACUCCUGCAGGACAUCAAAAAGACAUGGAAGAUAGAACAUACAGAUGCAGAGAAAAAAAUAUUACAACAUUACGCAGAGAAAAGCAGAACUUUCACGAUAGGAUACGCCAUUGCUUUAUAUGCGUCAUGGCUUUUCUACUCAACGACAUCAAUCGUCGUCAGCGGAAUCUAUACGAUUUUACCAACAAACAAAACAUACACUGCCAAGUUCCCAUAUCGCAUAGAACAUGUUCUUGAUAUAGACAAAUAUUUCGAACUGUUGAUGCUUCACGGGUUUAUUAGCGUAUUCUACAUAGUUUCGGUGGUGAUAGCCAUCGACACAACGUUUGCACUUUACACCCAGCAUAUCUGCGCGUUGUUCGAAUGCUUACGGCUCGGAUUUUGUAUCACUCGAACCAAAUAUUAA